AUGACGUGGGUGGCAAACUACCUGCGCUCGCGCUCGCUCUCACCUACCUCGUGCUCGCUCAGCGGUUCCUCUAAAAAAGUCGAAGGAGCACUUGAGAAAAACAUAGACUUAUCUAAUCAAGGAUUCAUUCUAGAGGAUCCAGAGUACCAGCUUAUUGUUGACUGCAAUGCUUUAUCAGUAGAUAUUGAGAAUGAGCUCAUUACAAUCCUCAAUUUCAUACGUGACAAGUAUAGGCUGAAGUUUCCUGAGCUGGAAUCCCUUGUUCAUCAUCCGAUUGAUUAUGCCCCUGUUGUUAAGAAGAUUGGAAAUGAGAUGGAUUUAACCCUGGUAGAUCUGGAACGGCUUUUACCUUCUGAAGCUAUAAUGGUUGUCUCCGUUACAGCAUCAACAACUAGUGGGAAGCCUCUUUCUGAGGAGAAUUUGGUGAAAACAGUUGAAGCAUGUGACAGAGCCCUAAAUCUUGAUGCCGCAAAGAAAAACGGAAGGGACUUGAGACUACCCUGCUCUUCAACUUUCACCAACUCUCCGCCCUCAACGAGCUAUCAUCCCGGCCGCGCCAACCUCACGAGGCCAAUUGACAUCGCCCGCACGUUCGCUGGAUUCAAGGGCAACUCGCCGGCGUCCAUGGCCCUCGUCGCCGUUGCCAUCGCCGGCAAUUGCACCACCAUCAUACUAGCCUUCGCUCUUCUGUAA